UUUUUUUUUAACAAGUAGUUGAUUGUAAAAUGCAAGCAGUCAAGUUGAUUGUUAUAGGACCACAACAAACUGGUAAAACAACAAUAUCUAAUUUUCUUGCUGAUGCAACUGAUAUAUCUUACGAUUAUAGACCAACAAAAGGUGUUAGAAUACUUGAAUUUGAAGUUGAAAAUGUUAGUGUUAAAAAUAAAUCAAUAAAUGUUGAUGUUGAGCUAUGGGAUUGCAGUGGUGAUAAAAAAUAUGAAAAUUGUUGGCCAGCUAUGGGAAAAGAUGCACAAGGUAUAAUAUUUGUUUAUAAUAAAAAAAAUGAUGACAAUGUACGAGCAAUGGAAAAAUUAUAUGAUUAUUUUGUAACUAAAAUGAAAAUUCAGGAUAAAAAUUGUGUAAUUUUUUAUUUCGAUGCUGAUAAAUCACCAAUUUAUGCUCCAAAACAAAUAUCAAAUACUUUUGCUAAAAUAUCACAAGUUAAUUGUAAUGUUGAAGAAGGUGGAAAUAAACUUCGAGCUGAUUUUCAAUCAUUUCUAACAACACUGAUGACAAAAAUACAAGAAAAAUUUGAACAAGAAGAAAAUCAAAUUCUUCGGGGAUAA